UGUAGUUGUUGCGCCCCUUUGCACGAUGAAGACAUAUCAUAUUCACCAAGGCCAACCCGACAUGGAAAUAAGUACGGCGCUUCGUCGGGAACGUCUCUGUCGUCUUCGUCUCCACUGCCUCUUUGCCGAUGCAACAACCCGGGCGAUCUGGCGGUGGAGAGUCAGGCCUUAGAUCCAUGUACGCAGAAGAUGCAUCGGUCGGUCCUCAGUCGGGGGGGUAUUGGCGGGAUGCCGGAUCAUCGGCGGCGGCUGCUGCUGCUGCUGCAUCGCUCUCAUCUGCCCUCGUCUGGUCUCGUGUCGUGUCGUGUCGUGUCUUGUAAUCUGUCGAUAGAUAGCAUUAGCUCCCAGAUGGCUGUAUUAUGGAACCCUCUCAUCGUUAAGCUAGCCGCUAGUUCCAAAUGCACCCGGCGUCCGGCAGAUCGCUGACUUAAACCCUGUUCUGUCUCGUCUGCGUUGCGUUGUAACCAUCCAUCCACAUCUGUUCCGCUGCCGGGCAUCGUAUCGUAUCGGGCGGGCCAUGCCAAUCCUCACCUCACCUCAUCCAUCACUCACUCCACCACCGGCCCUUGACGUUGAACUGACUCCGCUCCCACGUCCACUCCCAUCCAUCUCGCUGCCCGCCUACCUACCCAUCUACCCACCAUCCCUCUCCCUUCCGCCUCCUGUCCUACACUACUCACCAGCCCGUCUGCUCUAGCUUCCGGAUAUCUCCAGCCCGCCCACCCGCCGCCCGCCUGCGCUCCCGACGACCAUGAAUCCGCUCUCUGUGCGAUGACUUCUCGUCCUGGCCCAGGGAUCCAAGAAUCUCUGCAGCAUCGCGGGGGCGCCUCUGCCUAUGCGCCUGCUCGUCGGGCUGCGAAUCCCCAGCAUGGCCAACAGGACUCGACCGCCGAUCUCGACCGCCCACCUCUUGACGACCGAGUCGCGAAACCCAGAUACAAGCCCAAGCCCAUAGCACUUGAAGCCAUCCAAACUUCAGCUUCUGAAUACGUGCGGCCCGCCCCCAGAGGAAAACCCCAACUAUUCUUCACCACGCCUGCUACUGUUGGGCCUGACUUCUCACCACAUGGCCAGCCCAUCUCUAUUCUGCCUAUACCCCCUCGUCCGAGCUCCUCGUUACCGGGAGAUGGGCUUCAACAGCCUCGGAUACUACCGGGAGGGUCAGGUGUGAAGGCUGAGACUGCAGUGAAAUUACAAGGAAACGAUGCGCCAGCGCCGGCAUUGGUUUUUCCGGAAGGAAAAACUGUAGACCUGUUUCCAUGGACGGGCAAUCACCCAGAAGAUAUCAUGUCAGAAACCUUGGUUAAGGGCGGCAUCAGCAAUAAAUCACAGAUCAUGAACGAAACAAAUACAGCCCGCCCUUCGCUUUGGUCAAACCUCAAGAACAAAUCCGGAAUAUCCACGCUCUCGACAUUGUUUGUCGCCGUUCUCGAGAAGCGACAAUCGUGCAACCGGUUGACGGCAUCCAACACCUUCAAACCGCCUCCGCGCUUAACUUUGCGUGACUCCACAAGGGAGACUUGGCUACACGAUCUAGCCAACCCCACCAUCGGAUUGCGAAGGCUAAGUCGCACAAUCCCCCACGGCAUUACCGGCAAGGUGCUAUUGGACCAGUGUUUGAACAAAAACAUUCCCAUUCCGAGGGCAAUCUGGCUCGCCAAGUGCGUAGGGAUUAAUGAAAUGCGGACACAUAAGCGUAAGGGUCAAGCUGGCGCAAUCUCAUGGAUCCGUGGCUGGACAAGUUCUGUCGAGCAAUUCUUGGAGAGCACAAUAGCCACAAUAGGACAACAGGACUGGAAGCCCCGGGUGACCUAUGCUCUUCAACUUACAAGCCAUCUUUUCAAAGAGCGCCUUCUUGAGAAUGACCAUUUCCUCGACUGGGCCCUCAAAAAUCUCGAUUCCAGCACACCCGAGCGCUUGUUUGUCUGGCUGCUUAUAGUUUGUAUCCCUGACUUUUGGAACGACCUCGUAUCGGUUCGACGCAGGGGCAAACGAUUAGCUGAAUCGCUCCUCGAGCACACUGAAAAGUUCUACGAAUUGGAGGAAAACACCGAAAGCCUGCCUGUACUUUCGUUUCUAGAGAACACUCUUCUGAAGCUUAUUGUGACAAUGCCGGCUUGUUUGCUGCUUCCCACCGCAUGGGCUAAGCAUUCACGAGCUCUCCAUCAUCUUGCGAAUAGACGUCCACAGCCUGAUUUCAUAUGUGCUAUGAAAGUCCUAGAUGCCAGAAACAGAAAACUGAUCCGGCCGUCAGUAAGCACAGUGAUUCUUCCCAACGACGCUUACGGUCGGAUCUAUCAGCUCCUGGACUCAAUCGAUUAUAGCAAUAGGAUAUGCAUUGAUGAUUUAUCCUAUGGCUGUAUGGAGAUGAUGUACGAUACAACCCAGCUUGUCACGGCGGUCCUCUCUUGGGCGUGCUCCUUAUAUCGACAGGGCUCUCACAGGAUAUACUUGGUCACUCGCCUGCUUCGGAAGUGGAACCACCUGGGCACAGAUAUUUACGAUGCAAUACUUGCCUAUCUUCCGCAGUUGGCGCUGGAUCAUAGUAAGGAGCCUCGUGCAAUAUUCCGCAUCAUUGCUGAACUAGUGCGCUCGAAAACAUUUUCUCCGGGAAGAUUUUUACAAUGGUUGAUAGCUACUGGUUCUUUACGUCAACACCAGGAUCUACAUUCGCCUUCUGCCUGGCCGUUACGGCUUGUCACCGAAAUUCCGCUCAGUGGCCUGUCUGAAAACGUACAAAACCUUCGUAACACACUUCUCCAAGGCACGAUUUAUUCAGUAGAGAUGGAAGAACAAGCGAUCGAAGCAGCGGAAACAACAAUUUGCCAUCAAUUACCUGGCCUAUUCAAUAUUAGAAAUAUGGGAUUUCUGCAACCCAAUCCCACAGCGGUCGAUUUUAGCUCAACAGUACGGCUCGAAGUUGGGACCUGGCUUCGUCGGGAGGUCGCAGCAAGCGUUGAAUUUAUGAACAACAUACCUACGAAAGAUGUAGCCAUAGAAGAUUCCGGCGAUGUGUGUACGAUCUCACUGUCUGAUUUCCACGUUGUGCGCUCCUAUCUGGAAAAUUUCGAGGAUCAUGCAAUCCUCGCCGAUAUCAUAGGUAUAGUGGCUACCACUCUUGAUUCCAAUGUCUUGAGUGCUGCCGCCGAUACCUUGUCUUACAACAUCGAGACCUUUCGUGCAAUCGGUGCCUUUGAACCUCUAUUCGAGAAGGUUGCAAUGCGAUACGCUGCGAUAAGGACUGUACAAUUUCCGGAGCGGGAUCUUCUUCUCAGCCUCACCGACCUGGCCCGCAAUGCGCAUGCCGAUCCUCAACUUAUGCAACUCUUGAUAUACGAUUUGAGCCGGUAUGAUCAGAGAAACUCACUUGCCGCAUGUUCACCCGCAUCAGACAGCAUGGCCGAUGGCAUUGCCAAUCUAGAUGUUGAAGAUGAAAUUGAACGAAGUCUCUCCAGCGGCACCAGAAUGGAUCAACAAAUGAUGGCCCGGGUAUUUGAGAAAAUCGUUGCCAACUUGGAGGAUCAGUUAUGCAAGAACGUUAAACCAGUGGAAAAUUUCCCGACCUGGCUUUAUCGCUUACGGAGUUUUGAGGAAAACACUUUCGAGGCAAUCUUGAGUUCUUGGCUAAAGACACUACUGAUAGGGCACCAGACGCAGAUACUGUCUACCGUUCUUCCGCUCUUAGUCACAUCGCAGUCUUCAACUUUGCAUAGCUUUGUAAAGGUUGUACAGGAGUCUAUAAAUGAACGACAAACCAUACAACCAGAGGACACUCUCCGCAUUGCAGCGGAAGGUCUAGAUUUGCUCCUCCCCACCGAGCACAUCCAGAGUUCGUGCCGCAAGCAAGACAACUAUCGGUAUCGCCUUGAACAGCAUAGAUAUUGCCGACAACAGAGCGAGAGUGUCAUUAGCCUGGUGAAAAUAAUAGCAGAAAUCAUACCUAUUGGAUCUAUGCACCUGGUAGAUCGUACGGUGUUGGAUAUCUAUUCGAGCGACCGGCUUUUACAUGUGCUGCGGCAUGUCGCUAUCGCUGAUGUCCAGAGUCUAUCGCCGUUGGUUACUUUUCAACAAGUUUCCAUGGAUCGUCCGGACUUCAAGUCAAGUCCGUUGUUUGGUCGACUGUUGGAUCCAGCGGGCAGAAUACAGCUUUCGAAGAUGAGUCCAGAAGAACAGGUGGCAACUGUUGUUCCUCAUGCGGAUCACCUCUCUCUUCCCUUCUGCCAACUUGCGCUCCAGCAAAUCUUUUCGGCUAGUGCUUCCGCGACUGAAGAGGCCGCGGAAUCUGUCUCUGCCGUUUUCCUGAGCACCAUUAAGAGCGCAAUAGAAAGAGAACAUUCUUGCUGGUCGCAACUCAUCUCGGGCUUGGAGCAAAGCCUAGUGAACAAGAUCCGGGAGCAUGCGGAGCGUACAGUCAUUGAUACCACUGUAUUUCUGUGUGAGCUGGCGACCGCCCCAACAAACGAGGAAAUGAUGGAGAAGCAGACAUCUGUGCGCCGAUAUCUCAGUGUGAUAGAGGCUACCACAAGUGAAACUCUGUCCGAAGUCCAGGCUUCUUUCAUUGUGUCUUUGACCGAAAGACUGAAAGGUUUGUUGGAGUUGUUCACAAGGAGUAUUGGAAUGGAUACGUCUGGGGAUCAAUUUGCCGUCCCAUCUAGACCGGAUCUCUGCUACUGGUUGAAUGUGCUACUGCGGUUAGCCGUAAUUCAUGGUCCGACGAUGAUGACGAACACCAGUCCUCAACACCAGGCUACCUUUAUGUGGGCAUUGCGGUCCCUCCUCUCUCAUCCUUCAGUAGCGGAUUUUCCUUCAACAGCUCUGUUCGUGUUUGAUGUUGCAGUUCUGCUUUCGGACAGCAUCUCAGACGACGCACGCAAACAUUUAGCCCAAUUGAGCGCAACCAAAGCGGCUGGUGACAGACGUUGUGCGUUCAUAUUUGGGACAUGUGUCCCGUUCGAUGGGUGGCUCAGUCUCAUGAGACCAGUCGUUGGUCCCUCAAACGGACAAUCAGUCUCUUCUCCCCCGGUGCAACCUCCGUUACCAAACACGCAACCCGCUCCACAUACAGGUUCUCUGCAGCGAAGUCCAAGCCAGCAAAACAUGCAGCAGCAAUAUUCUGCUCAGAACCAAGGUCGAGCAUACGCGCAAUACCCCGGGCAAUCACCAGGGCCAAGAAUGCUUCCCCAACAACUGCAGCGGAUGUCCUCGAACGGACAAACGUCACAGCUACAACAACUGCAACAAAUGCAAGCGAUGGCGCAGCAACGGGGCUUCCAAGGUGUGUCAGGGCAGCAGCAGCAGCAGCAACAGCAACAGCAACAGCGGCCGGCAGGGGCGAUCCCUCAACAAUCAGCAGGAGCAAAAGGUAUCGCAACAAAACCGGAAAAGGUGGAAAUGAGAGCAAUCCCCUUCUCACUCAAUAGAUGGGAUAUACUCCCCGAAAGUGGUGGCAACCCCAUGGGUAACGAGACAGCCAUUAGUAUGGGGCUAUUCGGGGCUAGGCGGGCUUGA